CGAGAGAGCAGGAGAGAAACAGACUGUAGAGCGAGCCUGUGUUUGGUUCUCCUCCUGAUCGGCGUUCCUGGGAGAUCUGUCACCGGCUGCAGCAGCGGAGGCAGGAAAAGAGGAGAAAGAGUCUUCUCCCAUCCGGUCUGAGAUCUUCUCUCCAACCACACAUCCGGUCUGAGAUCUUCUCUCCAACCACACAUCUGGUCUGAGAUCUUCUCUCCAACCACACAUCCGGUCUGAGAUCUUCUCUCCAACCACACAUCUGGGCUGAGAUCUUCUCUCCAACCACACAUCCGAGCCUCAGACAGAUGACGGAAAUGGACGCCCCCCCCCUCGCCACCCCGUGCAACAUCCAGAUCUGUGAGGUGACCUGCGACUCCUUCCGCAUCCUGUGGGACAUGAGCCCCGAGGACAGCGCCAGGACCACGCACUUCUUCAUCGACCUGAGCCGCAAGGAGAGCAGGGACCCCAACCGCUUCAAACACAGGACUACGCCAUGGAGCACCUGCAGCAGCUGCUCAACAAGGCCGAGGGCUCAGCAGGGAGGCUGCUCAAGUUCUCGGUGUUUUAUCGCAACCAGCACCCAGACUACUUCGACUACGUCAGACGGGAGUGCGGAGGCCUGAUGCGCCCGGCCCUGAAGGACAUCAGCGGGAGUCACGGCUCGCCGAUCAACGGCAAACUGCAGGGCGUCUUCUUCAGCUGCAACACCGAGUUUGACACCGGCCUGCCCCCCCAGGACUCCCCGUACGGUCCGCUGCGUUUCCAGAUCCCCGCCGGACACCUGCUGAACCCCAACGUCUCGCUGUACUUCGCAGACUUCUACUGCAUGUACACCGCGUACCACUACGUGGUGCUGGUGCUGGCCCCCGUCGGAUCGGAGGGGGACGACUUUUGCCGCACCCGGCUGCCGAUGCUGGACCUGGCGUCCAACCCCUUCCUGACGUACGCGGAGGGGGCGGCGGAGCCUCGGUUCUGCCACGCCAGCGACGUCAUCCUGGAGGUGCUGUUCACGGAGCCGGUUCCUCUGGACCGGGGCGGCGUGGAGCCGAUCCGCGGCCACCACCAGCUCAUGAGUCUGACCACAGCCGACGCCAAGAAAGACCCGAGCUGCAAAGUGUGCAACAUCAGCGUGGGACGCUGAGCGGGACGUGGGACGGACAGGACAAAUACUGAAAGACAUGGCAUUGGAGAGCAUUGCGUGUAAGGGGGGGGGGGGGUUCUGGGGCUCCAGACCUACAUGUUUUCUUCUUUUUUUGUGUUUAAAAAAAAAAAAAACUUUGUGUUGUUUCCCCCUGAAAGACAGGGACAGUUGAGAACAUCGAGUGUGGGACAGGAGCGAGAGGGUGGCUUUGAAUCUUUUGGGUUUUUUAAAUUACUUCAACUCUGUGUCGUUUCCCCUCCGAAUCAACGCAGCAAAAGUUCUGUCCCUGAGCAAAUGUAUCGCCGUUCAUUGUGUAAACUCAAACCCUAAUUUGCUUUCUUUGUUUUGGCCCGCCAUGGAUUUUCCUCUUAUUUUUACCCUUGUUUGGUAUUCGGGUCAAAUCGACCCAUUUCAAGUUUUUACAAGAAGAAAAAUGGUCCAAGUUACAUUUUUUUCUACCUGAAAAUCAGCGUCCUUUCCUUAUUUCCUGUGAUAAACAUGUCUUCCUGACUCAGAACAUUAUUCUGGAUAUGACACUUAUGUUGUUUCCAUAGUGGAUUUUUAACAUGAAUUAUGACCUUAUGACAAACAACAAACCCCACUUCCAUGUUUAAUAGUGUGCUAGUAGAGACUGAUGCAUUCCCUGAACAUAGAUGUUAUCUCAGCUGUUGGAAAUUGAGAUGAAGACAAUAUUUGUUAAAAGAUUAUGAAGGAACAUUUUAUUUCAGAAUUGUGAGACAAAUGAGCAUGCCGUGGAAACAGCCCACCUCUCGGUGUAUGCAUGCCCCCCCCCCCCGACUAGAAUAGUGAGUAUUAAAUAGAUGGCUAACAAUGCUUAUUGCAGAACUGCAUCAUGGGUACAGCUGGAAACCCUAUACACCCGUGACGGCUGAAAAAAGCAAAACUAAAGACAUGAUAGGAAGCUUUAGAAGGCUCCUUAUGUGUCCAAAGUCACCUGUGCUUCAUUUUCUGUAUAUCUUUUUCUUCUUUUACAUUUACAUGUCUAUCCUUAAAGGGUAACUACCGUUUUUGUUUUUCAACCUGGACCCUAUGUUCCCAUGUUUUUGUGAGUGAUGGGAACCACGAUCUUUGACAGCAGUCCAUUAUUAAGCGAGAUCGCUGCAGUUGGCAGCAGAAAAACAAGCUUCAAUUUAAGUUAACAGGGCAAAUGUCCAACUUGUUUUUACCUUCACAAAAGUCCUCCUUUUGCCGCUGACAGACUCAGGUUAAUAUUCUAAGUGUCUGACAACAUUAUGGAAAGAAUUUCUACAUGUAUAGACCUUUAAAACCUCUUUGAGACCUUUCUGUUUAACCAGAAACUGCUCUGAAGUCGCUAGCGCUAAACCCACCAGACUCCAUUUAAAAAGCAAUACUUUCAGCGUGUAUGGAGCCAACAUAUUUCCACAUGUAAAUCGGUAAACUAUGUGUUUAUUUCAACAAAAACUAGAGUUGGGAUGGUUGGAAAAGUGGACAAAGGACCCAAAAUGGCUUUUCAAAGUUUUAUUUUGUUUCGAUUGACUCUGAAUGAAGUGUAUGUUACGAUGCUAAAAUUACUGUUUAUUUACAUGGAGUCUGGUGGGUUCAGUGAACGCAAUUUUGCGGUUGUUUUUAUGUUAAAAAAAAAGGCUGUUACUCUUUAACAAAAAGGUCGAUCUACUUAGAAAUUAUUUCCAUAAUGUUGUCAGACACUAUGAAUAUUAAUCUGAGUCUGUCAGAGGCAAAAAGACAGCGGCUCAUCAGUCACUUAGACACAAAAACAGAAGAAAACGGGGUCCAGGUUGAAAAAGAAAGCGGUAGUUACCUUUUAAGAUGUUUAAUUUUAUGUUUAUGUUGUACAAGUUUGAUGUGAUUUCUCAAAGAAAUGAGUUUUGAUCCAAGCUGAAUGUGCAAACGCUAGAAGCAUGCCCCUUUAAAAACAUCAGAUUUGCUUUUUCUAUAAAAAUCUCUCUAUAUUAAGUCAC